AACAUGACCUUGCAAUGCACCGAAUCAGGGGGACACUGGAAGACUGUGGUGUGGGACGAGGAGGGCUUCCAGGGCCGGCGGCAGGAGUUCACCGCGGAGUGCCCCAGCGUGCUGGAACUCGGCUUCGAGACUGUGCGAGCUCUGAAAGUGCUGAGCGGAGCGUGGGUGGGCUUCGAGCACGCUGGCUUCCAAGGACAGCAGUACGUUCUGGAGCAGGGCGAGUACCCGUGCGGGGCCGCCUGGAGCAGCAACAUGGCCUACCCCGCCCAGAGGCUCACCUCCUUCCGGCCUUUGGGCUGCACUAACCACUGUGACUCGAGGCUGACCAUCUUUGAGCAAGAGAACUUCCUGGGCCACACAGGAGAGCUGGCUGAUGACUAUCCCUCCUUCCAGGCCAUGGGAUGGGAUGGCAACCAAGUGGGCUCCUUCCACAUCCAAUCCGGGGCCUGGGGGUGUUCCCAGUUCCCUGGCUACCGAGGUUUUCAGUACGUGCUGGAGUGUGUUCACCACUCAGGGGACUACAAGCAUUUCCGGGAGUGCGCUCAUGCCCAGAGCUUCCAGGUGCAGAGUGCCCGCAGAGUCCAGCAGUGA